ACGGGCGUGUUUAGUUGAUAUGUUUUGCAAAUCAUACUUUAUUGACGAAAAUUAUCAAGCGUACACGUUAUGUAUUUUAUAUGAAUGUGACCAAUUUUAAGAUAAAAGUUGGUAAUUACAAGUAAUUGAUGCAUUCCUGCUGGAACGAUAACGUCUAGUGAUGAUUAUGGUGCCUAUGUCCUUGAUAGUUCUUCAUAUAUUCCAUCCAGUUGGGCCAAUUGUUGAGGUCCUCGUAGUCACUGGUAUCCUGUGACAAAUGAACAUGUUCCUGGUAUUCAAUGUCUGUAAAUUACACGUACCUAGUUUUCAUAAUUAUUAUUUUGAUAACUUGGCACUUGCAUAUUAGGCAAUACAGGCAUUUGUAUCUGGAAACAAAUGAUGCUGUCAUGUUGCAUAAAGUUUCUCAUUUUGUUCAAUUCUUCUAGAUUCAUAGUACAAUGAAGUACAACUUAUAUUAAAUAUUACAUCUUAUGUUGAUCCUCAAGUAAUUUAAGUCAUGAAUGAACUAUUAUGACAAUAUUUUUCUAAUUUAUACUUAUUUAUAUUUAAAAACUUACAAAUAGUUUAAUUCCUCCACCUUGGUGAUCAGGCGUAGAUCCUCCUCCAGCCUGUACAGUCUCUACAGAACCUGCUGGUAAACUCUGAUAUCCUUGGUGCAUUUGCAUUUUAACUCCACGGGUUUCUUUAUGAAUGGCACUACUAUCUUCAUCAAUUACUGGCUUUGCAUUACUAUCAACUUCUCUUUUUUCUUCAGGAUAAGUUACCCAAAAUGAUCCUGGAGUUUUUUGCAAUGAACGGACCAUGUUUAUACCAAAUUUAUCAGAUGCUGCAGCAUAAGUAGUAGGUACUUGAUAGUCAAAUGUGCUCAAUUUACUUUUAAGAGCAUCUAGAAGACCCAAAUUCAUAGGCAUAGUAGGCAUAGCAUUAUUAACUAAAGCUGAAUUAGAAAUUCCACUAGAACCCAUUUUUGAAUUAACCACAUUUUGAACAGCUAAAGUAAUAUUUUUUUGUAAAUCUGAUAACAUGUCAAAAACUUGACUCAGGACUGCCAUUUUUUGUUGAAAUGGAAGUGUUCCAUCAAUAGGUGGUUUCAUACCUGGCCACAUACCUGGUGUAAAUGGUUUAAAAGGCUUUUUUCCUGCAGUCGUUGAUGUGGAUUUUUGAUAUGCAACUAAGUCAUUCAUUGUAGUUACCAUAUUAGUCUUCAAAUCACCCAGCUCGGACAUUAUACUGUCAACAAUGGCAUCUUUAGCUGCAUUGAUGGAUGAUAGAUCCUCGAUAGAUCUUGCAACUUUCACUUGUGCAUCAUCUUCAUCAAGUUUGACAGAUCUCAAGAACUCACUUUUCAUGCUUGUAGUAUCACUGUCGCUUGCUGCUGCAGUCUUAUUAAGCUUUAGACUAUCAAAUAGUUUGUUCAAAAAGUCUUCUACUUUGCUGUUAUAUUCAGUUGGACUAGGUAUUAUUGAUGAUGGAUACCAAAAAGAAGGUGGUACAAUAGUACUUUUUGCUGUGGGUACCUCUGUUGCUACUUCUGGUGCUGGAGUACUGGUAGCAAGAUUCUUAAACAAAGUGUCCAAGAAAGUAGAUUUUUUUGCCAUGUACAUAGAUGGAUCCAUCAUUGGUGCAAAUGGACUGAAAGGUCCAAACAUUCCAGGCAAAUAUUCUUUUGGUGCUGUAGCACUUCCUAUUUUCUGAAGCAGCAAAUUGAUGUCAUCUUCCGAUUCUUCAGAAAUUGGAGCAAGAGUAGGAUAUGGAGGCGGAGGUCCUAAGUUUUUUGUUGCUGGUUUGCCCACGUCCAUGAUCGAUCGAAGUUUUGUUAAAGAAGGUUCAUCUACACUUCUUCUUUUGCGAGAAAAGUUAUCUUUUAUGCCGUAAUUGGGUAUUGUAUUUAAAUCUGAGUAUUGAGACAUAGGACUCAUCGAGCCAAACUUAGGACCCAUUGGCCCAAAUGGUUUAGGAGGAAUAAAAGGUCCGAAUAUUCCCCGUUUAUAUGGAACAUUAGCAUCUUCCAUUUUACUUUUAUCCAGACUGCUCAGUGAUUCUUCACUGCCUAUACUAUACAAAGUUGGCACAGUGUCUGUAUAUGGCAUGAAUGGUUUGAAAGGGUAUGCAGGUCCCAUAGGAUAUACAGGUCCCAAACCUCCAAAUAAGUUGCUUAAUAGAUCAGUCUUUUUAGAAAUCAUCAUUUUGGGAUCAACGAAUUUUGGGAAAAACGGUGAUUUUGGCAUGAAUGGCACUGUUAUGGUAUCCAUAGUUGAUGGCGGUGGCCCAAGAGCUCUUGAGUAAACUAAAAAUAAGUGAUAUACCUAAGAUCUUGACAUAAUUAUAACAAAUUUAAAACAAUGAUAAAUGGUUGAAAAUAUAUUGAAGUUUUAUAUUACCAGGUUUUGAAGCAUAUUUUGCCCAUGGUGCUCCAGCAGGAGUUUUAACAGCUGCACCAGCUGUUAAAACUAUUAAACAAGAAAAUAACGAAAAACUUUUCACUAGAAACAUUGUGCACCAAAUUGCUGGUCUCGGUUCUGCUUCUGCUUUUAUAGCAGUGAUCGGAGAGUAAUACUUGCAAAGCUUCUAGGAUUAUUGGCAUGGGACUAAUACUCUCAUUUGAAUAAUCCAUCAUAUACAGAAGAUGAAGCUGUCAUAGCUUUAAAAAUAGGAUCUAUAUGAAAAUGAAAAUAAAGAAGGCCGUCGAUAUUGCUAUGGAAAAUAAGGAUACUAUAACAAAUGUUUCUAUAUAUGAAAAUUGUUCAUUAUCGAAGACCAUUCGACAACACAAUUUAAAAAAUACAGAUGUUAUUAAUCCUAUGAAUCAGUUACUAAAUAUGUAUCAUCCUGAGGAUGGUAUAGCUGCAUAUGAACAAAUAUUAAGAACUCUUAUAUUUAUGUCUAAAAAUUUCGAUAGUAAAACACAGGAACAGAUAAUUUCUACAGUACCAUUGCCGAAAGGUGCAUCAAAUGAAUUAAUUAAGGAUGUGUUAUAUAAAACAACAGGAUUUAUAGAAACAGCAAAUAACAUCAGAAUGUAUCAAAAAAAUAGUACUGUUUCUAAAAACAUUGUUAACACAGAAGAUGUCACUGAUAAAUCAAGAAUCCACUUAAAUCAGAACAUAUUGGUGGGCCCAUCUUCUCAGAAUCUUAAGUUAGAUGAAAAUUUUGUACCUUCGGUACCUGAAGUAUUUCGGGGUUUCCCACCUAAUGAAAUCUCUAUGAUUCACAGUCAUGUAAGGAAUGUAAACUAUAUGUAUGAUACAUUAGAUUAUAAAAUUCCUUGCAUAGAACCUAUUGUGGACAUAAGACAAAAUUUUUUACCAUAUACUGACCAACAAAAAGAUUUGAUGAAGCAUCAAUCAAAUUUAAAACUUAAAUGGAUCCAUACACCACAGCUACUAUACAAGAAGGAUGCUUAUCAAAUUACUACAACCAGUUAUCAAGAAGAUGUUUAUAACUCAAUAGAUGAUAAGCGUUUUCAGUUGCCUAUUGAUAAAUCCAAUGAUUAUAAUCAAUGGAACGUAGCUAAAGUAUCACAUACCUUACAUCAGACACAAAAUGAUUUAAGAAAGAAAAGCAAUGCAAGCAGAGUAUUAUAUACACAACAUAAAGCAGAAAUUUUAAACUUAGCUGUACCAAGUAGUAGUUCGUCGUUUUUAAACUCUGAAAUUAACUGUUGUCAAUUUUUAUGUAAUGAUGACCAAAAUUUUAAGAGCUGCGAUAGCAAUAUAAAUGAAAACAGAAUUUCAAAUACAUACAAACCUUUCGGAUCAAAAUUGAAAACCAAUCAACAAGCAAUUUUAGAAGAUAUAUACAAAAUGGAUGUUGUACGCUGGAAUGAAGAAAUAGACACAACAGUGUCAAUGGAGAAUAGUUUUAUUUUAAAUGAUCUUAUUAUUAAUAAAAAGCUUGAAACAAGCUUAGAAAAAUUUUUAAAACGUGCGGAACAUUAAAUGUUGGAAACUUGUAACACAGAAGAAUCUAGAAAAUAAAAAUGAAUUAGUUCCUUCAACUAAUAAUGCCAAUAAUUCUAGAGAUGCAAAUUCAUUGGAAAGUUUAAUUGACAAAAAAGAUUCGGAGUUACCAAAUACUUAUCCAAAAUUAUCUCAGUUGCAAGUAUUUCAGAAAAAUGUAAACAUUGCUUUCAAUGAUUCACAAUCAAUGAAAUGUGAUAAAAAGGAUAAUAUAGAAAAGUUACCAUACAAGUACUAUUGAAAUUAUCAUAUACAUUUAAUCUAAUCAGUAUUUAACAAUGUCCUUAAUAAAAUUAUUUGUGUUCAGAUUUGCAGUGAAGCAAACAGAACAAAAUAAUGCAAAUGUUUUACAAAAAACUGCAUCUGUUACAGAAUUUACUACAUUCAAAAAACAUUACUAUGA